AUGAAGGAGAGGGAGAGAGACAACGGCUCUCAUAACGACGGUUCUCAUAACGACGGUUCUCACAACGACGGCUCUCACAACGACGGCUCUCACAACGACGGUUCUCACAACGACGGCUCUCAUAACGACGGCUCUCAUAACGACGGCUCUCAUAACGACGGUUCUCAUAACGACGGCUCUCACAACGACGGUUCUCACAACGACGGUUCUCACAACGACGGUUCUCAUAACGACGGCUCUCAUAACGACGGUUCUCAUAAUGACGGUUCUCAUAACGACGGCUCUCACAACGACGGUUCUCACAACGACGGCUCUCAUAACGACGGCUCUCAUAACGACGGCUCUCAUAACGACGGUUCUCAUAACGACGGCUCUCACAACGACGGUUCUCACAACGACGGUUCUCACAACGACGGUUCUCAUAACGACGGCUCUCAUAACGACGGUUCUCAUAAUGACGGUUCUCAUAACGACGGCUCUCAUAACGACGGUUCUCAUAACGACGGUUCUCAUAACGACGGCUCUCACAACGACGGUUCUCACAACGACGGUUCUCACAACGACGGCUCUCAUAACGACGGCUCUCAUAACGACGGUUCUCAUAACGACGGUUCUCAUAACGGCGGCUCUCAUAACGACGGCUCUCAUAACGACGGCUCUCAUAACGACGGCUCUCAUAACGACGGCUCUCAUAACGACGGUUCUCAUAACGACGGCUCUCACAACGACGGUUCUCAUAACGACGGUUCUCAUAACGACGGUUCUCAUAACGGCGGUUCUCACAACGACGGCUCUCACAACGACGGCUCUCACAACGACGGCUCUCAUAACGACGGUUCUCAUAACGACGGGUCUCAUAACGACGGGUCUCAUAACGACGGGUCUCAUAACGACUGUUCUCACAACGACGGCUCUCAUAACGACGGUUCUCAUAACGACGGCUCUCACAACGACGGUUCUCAUAACGGCGGUUCUCAUAACGACGGUUCUCAUAACGACGGGUCUCAUAACGACGGGUCUCAUAACGACUGUUCUCACAACGACGGCUCUCAUAACGACGGUUCUCAUAACGACGGCCCUCACAACGACGGUUCUCAUAACGACGGUUCUCACAACGACGGUUCUCACAACGACGGUUCUCACAACGACGGUUCUCAUAACGACGGUUCUCAUAAUGACGGUUCUCAUAACGACGGUUCUCAUGGCUCCAGGACAACAAGAAAACAAGAUAAAGGUGGAACAACAACAACAACAAAGCGUGGUUAUAAAACAGGCAUGACGAGGAGAAGCUGA